AUGGCUGAUACUAUUGACUGGUUACACAGCCCCAUGGACGUGUGCAAGGUUCAUCUCUAUAGCCCAAAACAACCGCAAGAACAGGACCGGGAAGUGACGGUGGGAUCUGUAUGCCUUUUCAAACAAGCUCCCUGUGAUCCUCUAAGUAUUCUAAAUUGGCUUUUCAAUGAUCUCCAGAAGUAUGCCUUGGGGUUCCAACACGUACUGAGCCCCUCAGCCUCUAGCUGUAAACAUAAAAUAGAAGACAUAGAGGGUGGACAUCACAAAUUAGCCUCUGAAAACUGCUACAGUGUCUAUGCCGGUCAACUGAACAUGGAUUACAUGGCCAAUAGACUUCAAAGCCUAUGUCUAGAAAUGAUAGCAGACAAAAACACCAACAAUAACCAGAAUCCUUCCACCCCUCUAGCAAAAUCUCCUAAUGCUCAGAGGGCAGUAAUCACUCCUGACAGACAAUGUCCUUUAGAUGACCUUUCCUACUAUGUCAACCAACUAUCUUCUCCGGUAAUCCAGAUGGCCCAUAAGGACAUCAAGGGCAAGUUAGAAGGUGGAAGGAAAUGCUUUCAUCAUGCAAUCUAUCCAACCUCUGGGGACAAAGCAGAAACCAGACUCCGAAAUACUUUGAGCAAGAUCAUUUAUGAAAUGGCCCAUGAUGCCAUGGAACUGACCUCUGCAGAAAUGCGGACCACUGGGGAGGAGUGCCGGGAAGGUGACCAGAAAAUCCUUCUGCUUAGUGAAUUAAUCCACAAGAACAAGAGGGGAGACAAACAGUUGGGCCAAAAAGACAGCAAAGAAUUUGCAGAUUCUCUCAGCAAAGGACUCAUGGUUUAUGCAAAUCAGGUGGCAUCUGACAUGAUGUUUUCUGUUAAGAAGGUCUUGAAAGUGCACACCUUUGGGAAGCCAAUUCCUGCCUGUGUGGUCCUGAAGAAAGUGUUGUUAAUACAUACCAGCGAAAUUGUGUCCGAUUUGAUUGACUCCUGCAUGAAGAACCUGCAUAAGAUCACUGAGGUCCUGAUGACUGACACUGACUUUCUCUCAGUUGUCAAGAGGAAUCUGUUCAACAACGGUAAACAACAUGCUGCAGAUAUUAUGGAGGCCAUGCUGAAGCACCUGGUCACUGCUUUUCUUGGCGCAAGGAGGGAGACUAAAGUGCAGAGCCUGUCAUCCGCAUUUUUGAAAGCGGGGGCCCAUGAUCCCAAGUGCAAGAACCAAAGUCUCGAAUUCUCCAGCAUGAAAGCUGAGAUGAAAGGGGACAAAACCGAAAUAAAAGCAGAUAAAUGCAAGGCAUUGACCAGUGCUGAGAAAGUUGGUGAACACAUCCUCAAGGAGAGCUUGAGCAUGUGGAACCAAAAACAAGGAAACCAAGGCAAGAUCGCACCCAACUUGCCACACCUUAGUCUUGGCCCUGCUCCUCAGUCCCAUGAAGAUAACAUUCAUACACAUCUUCCUGAAGUUUCAGCUAAGGCAGCAGAGAAGGGGUACAGUGUAGGAGAUCUCCUUCAAGAGGUCAUGAAGUUUGCCAAGGAACGACAACUGGAUGAAGCCGUGGGCAACAUGCCUAGAAAACAACUGCUAGACUGGCUUCUCACUAACCUGUGAACUAACAACGCUUCUGACGCCUCUCCAGUUACUCCCCCACCCCUAGUAACAUUCCAUUGCAGCUGGGCACCCCCUCCGUUAGUCUGUUGAACAACAUGCUACACGAUUGUAUUUCCCAGUACAUCAAAGCA